AUGGAUGAAUCAUCAAUCGAUAUUAGCCUUAAAUGUGUUAUUUGUUUCGAUCCUUUUGUAAAUCCUUCGUCGACACCAUGUGAUCAUACUUUUUGCCGAUCUUGCAUUACAAAGUGGAUCGAGGAAAAUGAUCGAUGUCCCGCAUGUGGCAAGAAACCCAUAUCAAUACAAGGUUUGAGAGCAACGAAUCGCGUUGUCUUCGAUAUACUUGAUCGUCUUCAAGUUCGAUGUAAAGCUUGUCGACAAUCAAAUAUUCAACGAAGCAAUUUUGAUGAACAUUUGAAUAAAUAUUGUUUAAAAACUUUUGUUUCCUGCUCAGCUUCAGAUCUCAAAUGUCCUUGGCAGGGACCAAGAGAUAAUUUUCAAGCUCAUGUUACUAUAUGCUCUUAUGAAAUGAUGAGACCACUCUGUGAAAACUUGAUAAGUAUAAUGAACAACCUCACUGAAAGGGUUCGACAAUAUGAAAAUCAAACUAGAGAACAUGAAAAUCGUGUUAAUUUACUUCAAAUCGAAAACGAUCGAUUAAAAGAUCAAGUUAAUUUACUGGAAAACUUCUGUGCCGAAAAAGCAAUCAGCUUACAAAAAUUGACUAAUACCGAUGCCCAACGACAAGGCAUGUGUAACCAACUUAACGACAGAAUGCAACUGAUGCAAAUUCUCUCAAGCCCCAAUGUGAAUCAUAAUCCUCGUCUUGAAGAAGUACUUUCUCGGUGUCAUUCUUAUUCCACUGUAAUGCUCAAUGAUUCGCGAAUAGAUAAUUUUGAUGUACCUUUUAUUAUUCGCAAAGCAUUGAUUAUGAAACAAUGUUCGGUAUUAAAUUUAAACAAUAAUUUCAUCGAAACUACUGGCAUUGAACUCUUAGCUAAUGCAUUACGAUCCAAUGUUGUACUUAAACGACUUUCUCUUAAGGGUAAUCGAGCAGGACUCAAGGGCGUGGAGUACUUAGCUAAAGCAUUACUGACUAAUACUACACUUGAAGUACUUGAGCUUCAAACCAAUUGUAUUCCUGAUAUGGCUGCUACCUAUGUAUCUGAUAUGCUUCGUCAUAAUCAUACAUUAAAAGACCUUUUUCUUGGUUAUAAUGAUAUUGAAAGUCGAGGAAUGGAAGUAAUGGCAAAUUGUCUUGAUAAUCAAAGUAAUCUUGAAAUACUUAGUUUGACCGGAAAUAGAAUAGACGAUAGAUGUGUUAAAGCACUGGACAAGAUGCUUAACAAUAAUAAAAAAUUACAACAGCUUGAUUUGCAUGAAAAUAAACUAUCAUUUGACGGCAAAACUCGACUACUGCACAUCGUUGCUGUUAAAAAAGGAUUUAAACUAAAUAUUUAA